CCCCUAUUUUGCGUGAAUAUUAGUCAUUACCUUAAGUAUGUUCGUAGCAAGUUUGCGGGUUUAAGCUAUGAAAGGGGAAGAGCUACGGUAAUUUCUUACUUUGGCGUCCGGCCCCUUGCCAGAGCAAGGCCAGCCGCCCAGACCUGGUAAAGUUGCCCUCACCUACGCGGCGCUGAGUAUCGUCUUGUGGCUAGAGUGGAG